AUGGCGGAACGCUACAUCCCCGAGCAUCGUCGCACUCAAUACAAGGCCAGGAACCAGUUCCGGCCGGACGAACUCCGUCGUCGUCGUGAGGAACAGCAAGUCGAGAUUCGGAAGCAAAAAAGAGAUGAAAACUUGGCCAAGAGGAGAGGUAUUCAGACCCGGGAUGGUGGUAUUGGCGUCGGCGGUGGCAUGGGUGCCACCGAGAGUGAUGACGAGGCCAGCGCCAUUGAAAGCGAGCUCAAUGUCGAACUGCCCGAGAUGGUCAAGGGCGUCUUCUCCGAUCAGAUUGAGUCCCAGAUCCAAGCCACAACGAAGUUCCGGAAGCUCCUUUCCAAGGAGCGGAAUCCUCCCAUCGAGCGUGUCAUUGAGACUGGAGUUGUGAGCCGCUUUGUCGAGUUCCUCCGCUCUCCCCACACCCUGGUCCAGUUCGAAGCCGCCUGGGCUUUGACCAACAUCGCCUCCGGCUCUGCCCAGCAGACCCAGGUUGUCAUCGAGGCUGGCGCCGUCCCCAUCUUCGUUGAGCUUCUGAGCAGCCCUGAGCCUGACGUCCGGGAACAGGCCGUCUGGGCUCUUGGUAACAUUGCUGGUGACAGCCCUCAGUGCCGUGACUUUGUCCUCAACGCUGGCGCCCUGCGUCCUCUGCUGAACCUGAUCAAUGAUGGCCGGAAGCUGAGCAUGCUCCGCAACGCCACGUGGACUCUGAGCAACUUCUGCCGUGGCAAGACCCCUCAGCCUGAUUGGAACACUAUUGCCCCUGCUCUCCCUGUCCUCGCUAAGCUCAUCUACAUGCUUGACGAUGAGGUCCUGAUUGACGCUUGCUGGGCCAUCUCCUACCUCUCCGACGGUGCCAACGACAAGAUCCAGGCUGUUAUCGAGGCCGGCAUCCCUCGCCGUUUGGUCGAACUUCUUAUGCACGCUUCUACUUCCGUCCAGACCCCCGCUCUGCGGUCUGUGGGUAAUAUCGUUACCGGUGAUGAUGUCCAGACUCAGGUCAUCAUCAACUGUGGUGCCCUUCCUGCCCUUCUGUCCCUUCUGAGCUCCACGAAGGAUGGAAUCCGCAAGGAGGCCUGCUGGACCAUCUCCAACAUCACUGCUGGUAACUCCAGCCAGAUCCAGUCUGUUGUCGAUGCCGGUAUCAUUCCCCCAUUGAUCAACCUGCUCGCCAAUGGCGACUUCAAGACCCGCAAGGAAGCUUGCUGGGCCAUAUCCAACGCCACCUCUGGUGGUCUCCAGAAGCCCGAUCAGAUCCGCUACCUCGUUUCUCAAGGAUGCAUUAAGCCUCUUUGCGACCUCCUCGCUUGCCCUGACAACAAGAUCAUCCAGGUUGCGCUGGAUGGUCUUGAGAACAUCCUUAAGGUUGGCGAGAUGGACAAGGAGGCUGCUCAGAGCGGCGAUUCUCGCGUCAACCGCUAUGCCUUGUUCAUCGAAGAGGCCGGUGGUAUGGAGAAGAUCCAUGACUGCCAGAACAACGCCAACGAGGAGAUCUACAUGAAGGCCUACAACAUCAUCGAGAAGUACUUCUCGGACGAAGACGAGGCUGGCGGUGACAUUGACGAGCUUGCUCCUCAACAAACGCAGACCGGGUUCACUCUCGGCACCGCCCAGCAGCAACCCGGCGGAUUCAACUUCGCCAACGGAAACGACUCUAUGGACAUGUAA